UCCGGGCGCUUGGAAGUAACGACAUCGUCGGUUCCGUUGCCGGUUCGCGUAGACAGCGCCGAGUGAGUGACGCGCUUCAUCUCCCUAGGUGACUGGCGCUGCUAACGCGGGUCAGGGGCCGGGACCUACUCACCCACUGAAUGAUCCGUGGGAGAGGACCUUCAAACCUGACCGUCGUCGUUUUUUUCUAAAAUAACGUCAGUACCUGCGUGUUGUCAUGCUGCCCAUUUCUAGAUCUUGGUGACCUCCGUUUUAAGUGUGACCUAGAGCGACUCAAACCCCAUCUGAUGGUUAGAAAGUAGGCUCUGAACAUUCCCACCUACCUGUCAGGUUAAUACCGUCCCCGGAGGAGUAGGCGCCAGAGCUGACUCUGAUCUUUAAAGCGUGGGCCCAACGCGGACUAAGCUCAUGAGUGAAAUGUCCCUGUGUCAUUUUGCUGUGGUUGAAAGAAGCAGAGAGAAGGGAGAAGGAGAUUCCUCAGUGUAAUGAUUACUGUGCAAUAAAGGAAUCCAUGGCUGAAGGAGAAACCUCUUUGAAGGCACUUACCUGUUGGAGGGGCAAAGCAGGGAUGUUCUGGAAGCUCUCCUUGUGCCUGUGCCUGGCGGCCGCGCUGGUGAGAGCAGCCGAGGCCCGGAAGAACCGCCCGGCGGGCGCCAUCCCCUCGCCCUACAAGGACGGCGGCGGCAACCACUCGGAGAGAUGGCAGCACCAGGUCAAGGAGGUGCUGGCCUCCAGCCAGGAGGCCCUGGUGGUCACCGAGCGCAAGUACCUCAAGAGUGACUGGUGCAAGACGCAGCCGCUGCGGCAGACGGUGAGCGAGGAGGGCUGCCGCAGCCGCACGCUGCUCAACCGCUUCUGCUACGGCCAGUGCAACUCGUUCUACAUCCCGCGCCACGUGCGCCAGGAGGAGGCGUCCUUCCAGUCAUGCGCCUUCUGCAAGCCGCAGCGCGUCACCUCGGCGCUGGUGGAGCUCGAGUGCCCCGGGCUCGACCCGCCCUUCCGACUCAAGAAGAUCCAGAAGGUGAAGCAGUGUCGCUGCAUGUCCGUGAACCUGGGCGGCUCCGGCAAGCAGUGAGCGCCCCGCGCCGGGCGGCGGGGCCCCCGACGCUCCGCGGCGAGCACGCUUCCGGGCCCGACGGCGCCCCGUGCCCCG